CUUUUGCACAUUUGAGAUACUUGUAAAUGGAACGAUUAAACCAGGCGACUCUUUUUGGUACGAGUUCGCACAUUAGUUUCGACUCCAGACACAGUUACAAAAACUUUGUCUUGUCUCCUCAGCAGCAGCACAUAAAAUAUGGGCAAUACAGUCAUUUUGGAUAAUGGCGCGUCCAUGAUCAAAGUAAACACUGUCGACUAUGAAGAACCGCGUGUAAUACCAAACGCGAUCAUUCGUGGACGAACCGAUCGACGGAACUAUGUUGGUGAUCAAGUUGAACAAUGCACUGAUUUUUCCUCAUUAUAUUAUCGACUUCCUUUUGAACGGGGUUUUCUCACCAAUUGGGACGUGGAACGAACAAUAUGGAACCGUGUAUUUGACAAUGUUCUUCAGACUGAACCAAAGGAAAGCCGGCUACUAAUCACAGAGCCAUGUUUUAAUCUGGCCAAUAUUCAAGAAGCCUACGAUCAAAUGAUUUUCGAAGAAUACGAGUUCGCAUCGUGUUACAGAACGAUUGCACCUGAACUAUGCACAUUCAAUGAUGUCGCGUUAUUAUUUGGCGACCGCCCUGGAUCUAUUCCGGAUUGUGCCCUGAUUGUUGAUUCCGGUUACUCAUUUACCCACAUUGUACCUUUUUUCAAAGGCAGGCCCGUGUCCAAAGCUAUUCGUCGAAUUAAUGUCGGUGGCAAGCUAUUGACGAAUCAAUUAAAAGAAAUCGUUUCGUUCAGAUACUAUGAUAUGAUGGAGGAGACACAUAUCAUCAACCAAGUCAAAGAAGAAUGUUGUUAUGUCUCGCAAGAUGUUUAUGGCGACUUGGAUAUCUGCAAAAAGCCGUACCAAAAAAACUCGAUUGUGCAAGAAUACGUGCUACCCGAUUAUAUUAACACUUAUCGAGGUCAUGUACGACCGAAACAAACGCGCCAAGCAGCCAUGUCACGACAACAGCAAGACGCCGAGCAAAUCCUGACGAUGAAUAAUGAGCGGUUCAUGAUUCCGGAGAUCUUGAUGCAUCCUUCCGAUAUUGGGAUCCAGCAGGCCGGAUUAGCCGAGGCCAUUACACAAAGCGUAAACGCUUGCGAACCAGAGAUGCACGGAUUACUUUAUUCAAACAUUGUGUUAGUGGGUGGCAACACGCUUUUUGAAGGAUACUGCGAACGGAUAACGAAUGAUCUGCAAAUGAUGGUACCCAGCGAAUACGAUGUACGCGUGGCUCAACCACCAAGCCCUACGGACUAUGCAUGGGCGGGUGGACAGCGGUUCGUUGCGCUGAGUAGCAAGUCCGAUUUGCAAAAGAAAUUUGUCCAGCGAAGAGAAUAUCUCGAAUAUGGAAGUGAAAUUUGCCGGCGCAAGUUCGGAACCCUUUAGAAAAGCAAGAAGCAGUUCCCGCCCUAGUAAGCGCCCCUGGCUUUUAUGUUUUAAAAAAAGAAAAAAGACUCGUCCACACACGCACAAGGAUAAAGAGGGAGAGAGGAACGCUUACAACCGAUGAUGGGAUUCAUUAUAAUGCCCUGCAAAUGGGCGAGACUCUUGUGCUUCACGAAUCCGUACAACGAAAAACAUGUUUGGGUAAGCAAGCACGUGUACUACAUCAGUCUGUAACAUAUACCGGGUAAUAUAACCCAGCUAUUGCCUUUGUACAUACAAACACAAACAUUCAUUUCCAGCCGAAAGGGCCCAAUAUCUCAUUCUACGUAAAACAAAUGCUAAUACAAAAAAGCACAAAGGGCUGGAAUGGCUUCUUUGUUACAAUACAAGAAUAGAUGCUAUUUUUAUUGUCAUGGCGGAAGAACAAAA